CGUUGGUGUGCGUACAACGUCCCGUGGUCCACAAACGUUGCGUUCCGAUCCGUUUCGUCGCCAGUGUCGGUGGAUACGCGCGUCAGUGUCUAUUCGCGACCCUUUGUCUUACCCCGCGCAGUUUAUUUUUGCCAUUCGUGUACGACUUGUCGUUUCCGGUUCCGGCUGCGGCCGAUCGCGCCCAUGUGAUAUGCCCGGUUUGUGUCGUCAUCAUCAUCAUCAUCACUGUCAUUGUCGGUAUCAUCAUCGAACGCGGAAGAAUGAUGGGCAUUGGCGGCGACGAUGACUCCAGCAGUGGAGUGGUGGUUUGCGUUGGUGGCGGUGUCAUCGUCGGGAGUAGCGGCUGCAACGGAGGACCCGGUCUGUUUCGUUCCAGAAGCCUGCCACACCUGUUGGGCAACGACUCAGGCGUGGGCGGCAGCUUCAGUGAAGGCGUCGGUAGUAACGGAUUUCCGGAAGGAGGUGUUGGUGGCACCGGAAGCGGUUUCCACGGUGGUGGAGGCGGCGCGCCGUUGCCCGGCCAUUGCAGCAAGUCGCAACCCGCUGGCUUAUCCGGACUUGGUGACAUUCGUCAACUGGUCACGCUUAAGCAGCAUUACUAUCCCGAGGGUGGAUGGGGCUGGGUGGUGGCCGCUGUGGCCAUGAUCGCGCAUCUACUCACUCAUGGACUCCAUCUCGCGUCCGGUGUGUUUAUCCAGGAAUUGUUACAUAAAUUUGGACCCAACACCGUGGUACCUGCAGGUAAGAAAAAAACAAUUUAUGACAGUGCUUAUUAUUUAACCAAAAUUCAAAUUUGCUAACAUAUCAAAAAAUCGUAAGAGUACCUAUUUUAUAAUAAAUAAUACAUUAGUUAUUAGAUUUAUACUAUCGUUUAACAUUUUACAUUAAG